UUCUUCAGGAUGGCGGUGGGGAUACGCGGUUGGGAUACGCGGUCGACCGCGAUUGCUAAGAUCCCGAAGCGGGGCUGCAACAUCAGCCCGUGUCCAUGCAUCGCCAAAGCGCCAAAAGCGUCGCAAGAAAAUCGCUCGCUCAGGUCAGGUCAAGUCGCGUAUCCAAACGCGCUCACUACCACGCUCGUGGCGGUCCGCCACCGGCUGACACACGUUGAACUGCACGAGAAUGAUGGUUCGUCCUGUCUUUGCGCCUGCUCAAAGCUACUUGCUGCUGGGUUCAUCGUCAUUCGGAUCCGUGUGAAGCGCUUUCAUGCCUCGGCACACACUUGCUCACAUGCCACCGGUAAGACGUCGCUGAUCAAGCGCUACGUCGAUGGCUCCUUUGAUAGUGAAUACAAGUUGUCCAUUGGUGUGGACUUUAGCCUCAAGAACCUCACCAUUGACGACCAGCCCAUCGCACUGCAGCUCUGGGACAUUGCCGGCCAUGAGCGCUAUCGCUCCAUGACGAGCACCUACUACCGCUACGCCAUGGCUGCCGUCUUGGUCUUUGAUUUGAGCCGCCCGGCCACCUUUGACUCCAUCGUCAAGUGGCACACGGACUUGAACGACAAAGUCAUGCUGGCCAACGGUGAUCGCGUCCCCGCGAUCCUCAUUGCCAACAAGGCCGACUCCAUCUUGGGGCCCAUUGACGAGGCCAUGCUUGAUGAGUACUGCAGCAAACACGGCUUUCUUGGCUGGUUUGCGACAUCGGCCAAGACAGGACAGAACAUUGGCGAGGCCUUUGAAACACUGGCGCGCGAGGUUAUUCGCGUUGCCAACGAGGCCGGCACAACCUCCAAAGACCCAUCCUCCCUCAACGUUCGUGGUGAUGGUCAAGAGCAGUGGCCAGCCAAGCGCCUCGAAGUCAGCUGCUGCUCCUCGUAA